UCCACGCGGGCGGGGCGGGGCUCCUGGCGGGGCGAGGGCCCGGGCCUCGGGCGAGCGCUGUGGCGGCGUCAUGUCCUCCGAGGUGGCCGCGCGCCGCGACGCCAAGAAGCUGGUGCGCUCCCCCAGCGGCCUGCGCAUGGUGCCCGAGCACCGCGCCUUUGGCAGCCCCUUCGGCCUGGAGGAGCCGCAGUGGGUCCCGGAUAAGGAGUGCCCGAGGUGCAUGCAGUGUGACGCCAAGUUUGACUUCCUGACCAGAAAGCACCACUGUCGCCGGUGUGGGAAGUGCUUCUGUGACAAGUGCUGUGGCCAGAAGGUGCCGCUGCGGCGCAUGUGUUUCGUGGACCCUGUGCGGCAGUGCGCCGAGUGCGCCCUGGUGUCGCACAAGGAGGCAGAGUUCUACGACAAGCAGCUCAAGGUGCUCCUGAGCGGAGCUACUUUUCUCGUAACUUUCGGAAACUCUGAGAAGCCAGAAACCAUGGUUUGUCGUCUCUCCAACAACCAGAGGUACUUGCUUCUGGAUGGGGACAGCCGCCACGAGAUCGACAUUGCACACAUUUCGACUGUGCAGAUCCUCACGGAAGGCUUUCCGCCCGGAGAAAAAGACACUCACACUUACACCAGCCUCCUGGGGAGCCAGCCCGCCUCUGAAGGAGGCAACGCACGGGCCACAGGCAUGUCCCUGCGGUUUGCAGCACCGGGGGCGGAGGGCCUGACGCAGCUGAAGCUGACGGCCGGGGAGGACGCACACGCCAGCAGGAGGCAGUCGACGGCGUGGCUGGCGGCCAUGCACAAGGCCACCAAGCUCCUCUACGAGUCGAGGGACCAGUGACUCCAUGUGGGACGGACCGUCAGCAGGGGACCGUGGAGCCAGCUCUGCACACACAGGCAACUAACCCCACACGUGCUGGGAAACGCAAGUCGAGCGUUUGGAGAAACAGAUCUAGUGCGAUAUGCACAGCUCGUUAACACUCUAAACAGCUUCGUGCUUUAGAGUUUGUGCACUAUCCUGUUGAUACUUAAUUGGAGGCGGGAGAGACUCAGCUACACUACUCACUACUGCUGAACUCUUUUUAGCGUAACUUCAACCAUAUUUUUAUGGGUGCCCAGGUUUGCUAGAAGGUUCUGGCCCCUCGGUGUUCACUCUUGCAGAGUAAUGAUUUGGGCAGUGGGAAGUCGGGCCCGAUCUGUUUGCGAUCCUGGUUUCUAGUGCGUCAGUUUACAGUCUCCCUGAGCCCGUUUUAUAGACUGUCCACUUACCGCAUCACUAAUCUGGGCUACGAACAAACCUUUGACACUUCACUGAGGGGGAGAAGCCAGCUUUGCUUUUUGUACUUUCACUUACUAUUUCCCUUUAUUAAAAUAAUUGUACAACAAUUUGUAUAUAAAGCUUAUGAUUAAAACUUAUUUUGAAACUAA